UCUAGGUUAUGAAGCUUAAUGGCAGCACAUCAUCAUCGUCAUUCGUAAAAGAUGCUUUUGCGUAGUUAUAUCAACUGAAAACGACAGUUAUGCCUCCCGAGAAUGCCAAGCUCGCUAAAAAGCGUAAUCAGCUGAUUCGUCUGGCAUCGGUUCCCAAUUUUGAGCCAGUGAUAAAGCAGAUAAGAAAACAGCAGAAAGGGACAUGGAAGGUUCAGGCAUCAACGAUGGCAAAGAAUACCCACAAUCCCAUCAGAAAGAUUGUGGAUGGUAUGAAGCUGACACCCAACCCAGAGAAAGCAAUGAUAGCCUUAUCAAUAGGUGACCCCACUGUGUUUAAGAAUCUUCCACCAGCUGUUGAACUUGAGGAGGCCCUGAUAGAGACUGUGAAGGGAGGUCAUCAUAAUGGAUAUGCUCCCUCUGUGGGUUACGAAUCUUCACGUGCUGCAGUUGCUUCUGCUCUCACAUUACCUGAGGCCCCACUUGAAGCAAAGGACGUGAUACUGACAAGUGGGUGUUCGGGAGCAAUUGACCUGUGUAUCUCGGUACUAGCCAAUCCAGGCCAGAACCUUCUCAUUCCCAGGCCAGGGUUCUCUCUCUACAGGACAUUAGCUGACUCUCUUGGCAUUGAGUGCAAGUACUAUAACUUGCUGCCUGAACAAAAUUGGGAGGCAGACUUGAAACAGAUGGAAUCUCAAAUCGAUACAGAGACAGCAGCCAUUGUUGUGAACAACCCAUCCAACCCCUGUGGCUCUCUUUUUACCAAGGAGCACAUCAAAGAUAUUUGUGAUGUGGCAUUCAGACACAAGGUUCCCAUCAUUGCUGAUGAGAUAUAUGCAUUCCAGGUUUUUGAAGGCAGUGUAUAUCACUCCUUUGCAUCUCAGACUACGGAGGUUCCUAUUCUCUCCACUGGAGGCUUGGCGAAAAAGUUUGUUGUGCCAGGCUUCAGAUUAGGGUGGAUCACAAUACAUGACAGAAAUGGUGCUUUUGAAGAAGAGGUGCGUCCAGGGUUGAUCUCAUUGUCACAAAGGAUUCUGGGACCCAACACUAUUGUCCAAGGUGCAUUAGAGAAAAUUUUGACAAAAGUCCCACAGAUUUACUUCGACAAGAUUAUGGCACAUUUACAGGCCAAUGCUGAGGUGUGUUACAAACAUCUGUCAGCUGUGCCUGGGUUGAAUCCCAUCAAACCAAGUGGAGCCAUGUACAUGAUGAUUGGUAUAGAUAUUGAGCACUUCCCAGGUAUAACUGAUGAUAUGGCAUUUGCUGAAAUGAUGGUCACAGAACAGUCAGUUUUCUGUUUGCCAGGAAAGUGUUUCCAAUAUCCAAACUACUUCCGAGUUGUGUUAUCAGUCCCAGAGGAACAGAUGGUGACAGCAUGCCAGAGAAUAAAAGACUUCUGCAAGGACCAUUACAAGGGACCAAGUGAAAAUAACAGCACACCAGUCAAGAACAGUAAUGGAGACAGGAAAAUAAAUUCAAACAACUGCAGCAAUGCAGACAGCGGCAGUAGCAUCCUGUACAGUAUCCCUGAGCAUGACGAGAUCCAUGAGGAGAAUUAAAUGCUUCACCAACUGAAGCUUUUAUCUUUAUCAUUUUAGCACAAUCCAAUUAUUUACAGCCAGGUCGUAAGAAAACCGAGCAUAUAAGACAUGAUUGUACUUAUUAAUAUUAUAAGAACUGUCUUAUAUCUUGGUACCAAAAUGUAAGAAGUGCUGUCACUUGUGGUUCAGUGAUGAGAGAAAUGGUUGGAUUGGAAUGCCUUUCUCAUUUCUACAAAAUUUAAAGUAGAUUCAAUAUAUGUAGAUAAAACAAGCUUUUCACUUAGCCAGACUUCCUUCAAUCUAUUGGACACUCCUGUCUGUUAGAUUGUUGUAUCAUGCUGGGUUCAUGGUAAUUUGAGGUAAAUGUUUAUUCAGCUAAUGUGAAAAAAAAAAAAAAA